AUGUCUGGCGGAUCCAUCUUGCUCUAUAUCAUGAGGCGAGACCUCAGAACCUCCGACAAUCCCAUCCUGCACAGACUAUCCACUGCCGAGCAUGGUUUCACCCAUCUGCUGCCAGUUUACAUCCUGCCACCCGAUCAGAUGGAAGUUUCUGGUCUCGUCAAGGAUGGCAAGACGAGCCCAUACCCCCCCGCCAGAUUCCAUCUCUCGCAGCGUUGGAAGUGCGGCCAUCUCCGCGCAAAAUUCAUCGCAGAGUCUCUAUGGGACUUGAAGGGAAAUCUUGAGAAUCUGGGCAGCGGACUUGUCAUCCGCGUUGGUGCUUUUGACGGCGUCUUGAGCGGCAUAAUCCAGCACUACGCCGCCAACCAACAUGGCCCACAGGUGACGGCUGUGUGGAUGACCGAGGAUUAUUCGCCCGACCAACAAGGGGAAGAAGAAGCUGUCUCUGCUAUAUGUGACGCACACGCCAUCGAAUUCCUUCGGCUUUAUGAUGUGAAGUAUCUUCUGCACGACAUCCAGCUACCCGAAAUCGAGACUGGUAUCGACCGCUUGCCUGAUUCCUUUGAUCUCUUCUGGCGAGCCCUGAAAACCAAAGCUGAAAACCCUCUCGAUCCUGUCCCUCUCGUUACACGCUCUUCUCUGCCCUCUUUCCCGGAUCAUGCAUCUCUUCCUCCCCAAGAGUCCCCGUUUGAGAUUCCCGACACACUCGAGGGACUCAUUCAAAAAUUGCAGAGUCCUGUGCAGCUCCCAAUGGUCCAUCUGGAUAGACCCGAGCUUCGAGAUGCUGCAAUGCCGCAAGCGUUGCUCGGUGGGGAAACCCGUGGCCAACAGCGGGUUCGCUACAUUAUCAAAAAAGGGAUUGCGUCUUCAUACCAUCUCUUGUUGGAUGAUGUCCAUGUGGGCGAUGGCGAUCAUGGGCUUCAGCCCUACCUAGCUCUUGGAUGCAUUACGGCUCGGCAAGUCCAUCAAGAGCUUCUGAAGCUCGAAUGCGGCACGGACCCUGGUUUGGCUCAAACUAUGGGCUUCGGUAGAGGCCGUAGCGCUGGAACAAGAAGCAUCCGAUACCAUCUGCUGGUGUUAAACUUUAUUCGUCUUAGCAUCAUCAAGCAUGGCAGCGAGCUGCAUAACCUUGAAGGUGCUGGCAAGGGCAAAAACCCACUCAGAACGUGGAAGUCAUCCGUUAUACGAGAUCUUGAUAGACCCGGUCAAGCUAUCGACAAUGCCAUCAGCAUGACCCAGUUCCUGAUGGGACUCACGGGAUUUGGCCUCAUCGACGCCAUCAUGCGGCAGCUUUACGUUACAGGCCAAGUGACGGCCCGUGGAGAGGAGGUUGCACUAGGCUUCUUCGCCUUGUAUGCAGGCUUCGACUGGCGCUACGGUGCAGAAUACAUGUCGUCGCUCUCCACUGUCCACGAUCCAUUUUUUUAUUUCUAUAGCUCGCAAAACUACGCCGGUGUUGGCCCCAGCUACAAGGCCAAAGGUUCUAUAAUCUCUCUCGCCGAAGUAACCCGGAACGUCGACCCCGACGGCACCUUUAUCCGAAGGUGGAUGCCAGAGCUGCGAGGCCUUCCGAGAAGGAAGAACGUUUAUCGAGUGAGCACCACCGCAUCUUCGCUGUUGCAGCGGUAUGGGCUGGCAUCUAGCAUCAUGGUGACUCAUGAAGUGCCAUGCGCUCUGGAGGCUGGCCCUACCAUGGAGAUACCCAACGCGAGUAGAGCUCAGAUAGAAAAUGCCGUGGCUUCAGCUCCAAGGGAGCAUAGACCUUUCCAUACUGCGGCGGGCAUUUCAACUGAAGCUAUCGGAGGGGGAGGCGAGUUCGAACAACUUGGGAUCAGAUCCGAGUUUGGGAACCAGAUUCUUCUCGAAGCGCCACUGGCGCUUGCAGAGCCAAAUGAAGCGCCUCAAGGACCACCUUCUGGGUCACGAGGCCCGUCUUUACCUUUUCGUUCGGCUAAGACACAGGUGGCGUCGACGACAGAGGCACCUGCGCUACCAGAGGAAGCAACUGUGCGUUCGAACAUGACGGGCCUUGAAUGGAUAAACCCAUUGGCCCUUCAUCCGGUACAUCUUCCACAGAGACCCCCAGAACAGCUUUCAUUCCAUCCACUGCAUAUUCCGGCCUCCCAGCCAAGCAAUCAAAGCCACAAUCCAACUGCAUUACCGCCCUUCCGUCCACAAUCUCAGCUUCCUCUUCUGCCAGCUCCUGCUGAUACAUACUUUCUGCCAUUUCGGCAGCGGACCGGGAGUGGGAGUGCGAGUCCAGCUCGCCAAUUGCCUUCUCUACCAGCAGCGCCAUCGCCGCCGCCGCCGCCAACUCUAUCUUCUGCAGUUCCCCACCUCUCCAAUACACCUCAGGUGCCACUUCCACAAGAGGAUACCCCGAGAGAGUCCAUUGAGGAUCCCCAGCCUCCAGUGACCCCUGUGCGCCGAAGCUCUCGGAGGCUUCGACCAAGAAUUGCUGUGAUACCACAUCCGGCACUUGCAGGGUUUCUACCUGUUGUUGCUGAACCGGACAUUAUACGCUAUUAUAUCGGACAGUUGAGGCAAACCCGGCUUCGGGGGAGUUCAAACUAUACGUUUAUUGAUCUCCCUUUCCUCGACAGCAACCGGAUACAUAUCAUAUCUUGUCCUCGUGGAGUUGUGCCGCUCCGAGGCGACCCUGACUUUGACCUCUUGCGAGAACCACUUGCUUCUGCCCCGGAGGAUGUUGAUUUGGAGGCCCUCGAUGAGCUCAUUGACGAGGUUGAUGACGAUGAAGUUGCUGUUCACGGUCCUCGCUUUGAGCAUAGCCCCAGAGGCUCAGUGGUUUUGCGCCCCUAUCGCGGGCGGCGUCAACCUUCUCGAUUCAACUCUCGUUAUCGUUGA